CGAAUUCGAAUUAAAUGCACCUGAGCGCGUCCUCUUUCAGUGCGUGGUAAAAUACCAACACACUGAAAAUAUUUUACCAAAUACACAUUGAAAGAAGACGCACUCGGUGCAUCCAAUCGAAUUCGUCGUAUUGUUCCAGUCGUGUUAUCCAAGAAAGUUUUACUGGACCCUGUUCCGUUAUUACUAUAGGCAGUAUUGAAAAAUCUAUAGGAUACGUCACGUGAACCUAUAAAUUUUCAGUACUGCCAGUAACAACGGAACCAGUGGGUGUUUAACGUCAAACUAUCUAUUUAUCUGUGGAAAGCGGAACAAUGACAAGUGCAAUUUGCAAGCACCUGUCGGUGAUCGCAAACAGAUGAGUCGCGUGUCGUCCCGCAACUUUGCGUUAAACAUUUUGUAAUUUGAAACAUGGGCGAGAGUCUGAGACGUUGCGUGAAGUCUCUGGAGAACGAGAACGAGAACAGUGUGCGCGACGAGGCGCGAACAGCAUUGUUGGACAUUUGUAACAAUUUACUGAGAUCGCCAAAUGAUGAUAAAUCUCGCGAGUUGCGUCUCGACGAUCACGUCGUUGUUGAAAAGCUUCUGCCGGCCGUUGGUGCUAUGGAGUGUUUAUUCGACAUUGGUUACACUGAAGAUGUAACAGGAGAACGCAUAUUCCUACCGCACAAUGCAUCUCUCUCGAGACUUAAGACCUUGUCCAAGUUGUUGUCCGGAUCGGGGAACAAUUCUGUGAUCGAAAACAUAACUCAUAGAAGACCGUUAACGCAAAAUACAUUUUUUAAAAACAUUAUUUGGCACUUCAAUGACAUUUUGCAUUACGAAGACCCAAACUUACAGAGAAAGGCUAGAAGUUUUAUACCUAUUGCAAAGUUAGAAAUUGCAGCAAUGACAAAACUGAGAGAAGUGCAAAAAUCUUUGAAACUAAAUGACGCAACAACAAAGUCUGAUUCCUUGCAACUUGAAACAGAUUUGAUCAUGAAAGAUUUGUUUUUGUUGGAGCUGCUGCACUGGUUCAAGUGUGACUUUUUUAAAUGGGUCAACAGUCCACUGUGUUCAAUAUGUUCUACCGAAUCUGAAUAUGACUCGGAAGAGCCAUCUGCAGAUCCUCGUUGCUCAAGAAUAGAAAUUUAUAGAUGCACAAAGUGCGACGUAGUUAUCGAAUUUCCACGGUAUACGCAUCCAGAACCAUUGCUGACGCUGCAACGCGGUCGUUGCGGCGAAUGGGCUACUGUGUUUACGUUAUUUUGUCGAUCGUUAAAUUACGACGCACGGUUUAUAUGGGAUCAGACGGAUCACGUGUGGACGGAGGUGUGGUCGGUGUCGAACAAGAGAUGGAUUCACGUAGAUUCGUGCGAAGACGUAAUGGACAAGCCACUGAUGUACGAAAAAGGAUGGAAAAAGAAGUUGUCAUAUAUAUUAGCUUUUUCCAAGGAUGAGGUUCAGGACGUUACUUGGCGUUAUACGAGCGAUCAAAAAACUGUAAUGAAGCGACGAACAAUCUGCGCCGAACAGAAUUUGAUACACUUGCUGCGAACGUUGAGCAACCAGCGGCAAAACUCUAUCGGCUAUAGCCGCGCGCGCAAAGAAUACGUUGUCAAACGGAAUUUGCUGGAGCUAGCCGAGAUGUUGUACAUUCCGAAUUCGCGGAACGAAGAUUCCGAUGAAAACUACGAAGGGAGAUUGUCCGGUUCUCUCGCGUGGAGAUUAGCGCGAAAUGAAAUUUCGCAGACCAACGUGAGUAAAAAUCACGUUUGGAACGUUUCCAAGUACGGACAAACUUUCGAACUGCGAUAUAAUAUCGUUAAAGACACGUACCAGGUGGUAAGUAACGCCGAUAUCUUGGAAGAAAAAUCCGGAUGGCUGGAGAGAGUAAAUACCGUGGAGGGAGAGAUCUUUCGCAAAGUGGAGAACGACUGGAAGAUGGUUUACUUGGCGCGGUCUCCGCAUGCGAAAUCCGGACGUAUCAAAUGGACGUUCGAUGUCGCCGAUUCGAAUUUGCGUUUGAAGACGUUCAGUUUGACGGCUAAGUCCGAAGUGUUUCACGGAGCUAGCGUGUCCUCGGAAAUCGAGGCUGUUUUUAACGACAAUAAAGCGAUUGUGAUACCCGUUCCCAAUUGCGGCAAUUUUCGUACGGAAGACGUGAAAGACGCGGUGAGAUUAAAUGUGAUCGUAACGUUGUCCGGCGGGCGAGGCAAAGACGCCUGGCAGCACGCUCAACUCUUUCGCCAGAGUCUGGAAAACACCGAAGAGCAAUCCAUGAUAAUUAGUAUCCAAUUGAAAAAUUGUUGCGCAUGAUAAUUAUUAUUCCAUGUUAAAAUUUCUAUAUUAAAAUUUCAAAAAAACA